GUCUCUGCAUUUUUGGACAUCGACAAGAGAGAUACAACCAGGAAACGGUCCUGAGAUUCUAUCUUUCCCAUUUUCGGAUCAUGGACAGUGCAGCUCCAGAUGCCCUUCCCCAUUCAACUGAGAGGACUGAGGUCUUGGCUCCUCCUGAGCUCACAGAUGGGGAGUCCUUCCAUGUUUUUGUGAGCUACAGCAGCUCUGACCUUCACUGGACACAUACUCUGAUCCAGCAGCUGGAGGACAGAGGUCUGAGGGUGUGCUACCACGACAGGGACUUCAUCCCAGGAUGGCCCAUCCUCGACAACAUGUCCAGCUGCAUCCAGAAGAGCCAGAAGGUUCUGCUGGUCCUGAGUCAGGACUUUGUGAGGAGUCGCUGGUGUCUGCUGGAGGCCAACAUUUCCAUGUUCAGAGACUGUCUACAUAGGAAACCUGUAGUGCCAGUGCUGCUGCAGAGAGACCUGUCCAUCCCUCUGCACCUCAGCCACCUCACCUACCUGGAGGCCAGCCACCCCAACUUCAGCCAGGAGUUACUCCGAGUGCUGUGCACACCCAACCACAAACUCCAGAACACCACUAUGGUGCCGCACCAGCUGCCAAACCUCUACAACGGCAAAGUUCUUCAGCCACUCAAAUCUAUUGAUGAGAUUGUAAGUGAAAUUGACUGUGGCGAGUGGAGCACACUAGUUCCAGAUCAACUGCGUCUGAUCAUUAAAGACCGAGCCUUUUACAUGGAUGCCAUAAAAAUAAUCAACAGGGUAAACAAAGAGAAAGUGAAAUUCAAAGUUGCCAGGGCCUAUAACAUGACAUUUGUCGUUUUAACAAUGUGUUUCCCAAAUGCUGACAGGGAGAAUGGAUGGGCCCCAUUACGUCUGGCUACAAACACAUUCCAGCAGGAUGAAGGGGCUGUAAAUUAUCCAGAGAGCCAGCAGCCCAGGACACACAGCCCAGCCAACCAGGCCCCCGCCUCCCCCCUCAUGCCCCUCCCCCCUCACACCACCAUCCCACCACCGUAA